CACCUAUCCAUCCCUGGGAGCCACGACACCAUGACCUAUUGCCUGAGCAGGAAGUCCCCCAUCUCCCAGGCACAGUCCAGGCUGCUACAUCUGUUGGGCCGGGUGGCGCCCUGCAUCACGCGCCCUAUGGUGCUGAAGUGGUCGGUUACACAGGCACUGGACAUAACGCAACAGCUGGACGAGGGGGUGCGGUACCUGGAUCUGCGGAUAGCGCACAUGACGGGAGGCUCCGAGAGGAACCUGCACUUCGUCCACAUGAUCUACACUACAGCGCUGGUGGAGGACACCCUCCCAGAGAUCUCUGAGUGGCUGGAGUAGCACCCCUGUGAGGUCGUCAUCCUGGCCUGCAGGAAUUUCGAGGGGAUGACGGACGAGCUGCACGAAUACCUCGUGGGCUGCAUCAAGAACAUCUUUGGGGAUAUGCUGUGUCCGCGCGGGGACAUCCCCACGCUGCGGCAGCUGUGGGCGCGGGGCCAGCAGGUGAUCGUGUCCUAUGAGGAUGAGGCCUCCGUGGGUCGCCACGUAGAGCUGUGGCCAGGAAUCUCCUACUGGUGGGGAGACAAGGUGAAGUCGCAGGCACUGCUGCAUUACCUGGAGACCAUGAAGAGCUGCGGUCGCCCAGGUGGCCUGUUCGUGGCGGGCAUCAACCUCACAGAGAAUGUGGAGUAUGUACUCGCACACCCAUCGGGGUCCCUGGAGAGGAUGACACUGCCCAACCUCCCGUCUCUGAGCGCAUGGGUGCGCGAGCAGCGACCAGGGCCUGGUUCCCACUGCACCAACAUCAUUGCAGGGGACUUCGUGGGCGCCGACACUUUCGUGAGUGAUGUCAUCAGACUCAACCUUAAGCUACUGUGGCCCUGACCACCCCCACACAGUGGCCCAAGGUGCAGGGCUCAGGACAAGGUCAGCGUCACAGAUGUCAGGGUCCUGAAACACGUGAAUGCUGUGUCCCGUCGUCCCCUGUGAAGGGCUGAGGCCCGAGUGAGCCAGCCUGCGCCACACCAGCAGGUGCAGGUUUCAAACUCCCAGUACCCGCAAUGCCGCCUCAUGGUUAUUUCCGGUCACCAGGACAUAGGCAGACCUAAGUUCCAGAGCGAUCGAUCCAUGUCAGGCCCCAGAGUCCAUGGAGGUCAUGUGACCCACUACAUAGCAGUCACUGGGUCAUGGAGGUCAUGUCAUCAUUCUGGGCCUGCAUUACCCUUGGCUCAGCAUCACUAAUUAAAAUCUUCUGAAGCCAACUGUGUCUGUGAUGGUGUGUUUGUGCAGUGUCUUCAGUAGCCCAGGCUAGACUCUCAUUGGGGAGAUUCGG